AUCCACCUCGCCCACAUAAAGAGGCGAUAAGAUUAGCAACUGAUAUAUUUUGGUUCAAUAUUCCCUAUGUGGCAGCCGGUGUGUGGGGGCCCGUCCGUAUCAGUCCUUUGUGAGCUGUGAGGGGGUGCGCCAUGUCAGGUGUUUGGCUCUGGGAAUAUUACCUUUUCCUCGUUAAUUAGGGAAGGAUCCACCUCCAUACCCAGGUGAAGGAGGCCCCGCGCACCCCAAGGAGGAGCUGACCAGACAUCUUCGUGGCCACCGCACCCCAGCAGCCUCACACGGACCAGCAGGGCGCGCAUGAGGAGAGGCGGCGCAGGGGGCGUGGCGUGCGUGAUGGUGGCGUGGCGGCGCGGGUGUGCGGGCGGGCGUGAGGGCGGCAGGGUGUGGGUGUGAAAUGGGCGCCAAGGCGAGCACGGCCGCGGGCGGGGUGGGCGGCGCGGGCCUGGGCGGCGGUGGCCCAGACUCCGCCCACGCCGCCGCCGCCGCCGCCACCUCCUCCGCCACGCGCUCCAGAGCCCUGUCCACGAGUGCUGGCACUGCAGACGGCGAGGGCGGCAGCACGGCGGUAGGGCUCCUCAGGUCGGCCAGUCAGGGGGGCGGCUCACGGGACAGGACGGGCGACAGAGGGCGGGCACGCUCCCUCUCGAGUGUCCCUGAUGCGAGUGGCCAGGCGCCCCCUCUGACCAUACCGGCGCUCCUGUCCCGCGCGGCUGUGGGGGGCGGCGGAGGGGGCGGCGCGGGCAGUGAGACGGACGGAAGCUCACCUGAGGAGUACCUUUUGGACGGUCCCCUUAACUCCCUGGCUCUUGGGAGGGUCUUCACCACGCACUCCCUCCCGGCGCACCUGUGGUCUUUUAAUGGAUUCAAGUGUCCCAUCUGUUCCAAAGUGGUCUUGCCUGAUGACUUGGAGUGCCACUUGGUCAUCUGCCUCACCAAGCCACGCAUCAGCUACAAUGAGGAUGUACUGACUGAGGACAAGGGGGAGUGCGUCAUCUGCCUGGAGGAGCUGUGCCAGGGUGACACCAUCGCUCGGUUACCCUGCCUCUGCAUCUACCAUAAGUCCUGUAUUGAUGAGUGGUUCCAGGUGAACCGGUCGUGUCCCGAACACCCGUAUGACUGAGGACUGCUAUGCACAUUUGUAGUAAAAAUAACCAUAAAACAAAAAAACAAAAGAAAAAUGCCUAUGUGCCAUUAUUGUGUGCCAGCCGAGCGGUGGAGUGCCAGGGGGGUGAAGGGGGAGGGGCACCACCACCCACGGUCUUGGGGAGGGAGGACCUGCGUCCCCAUAUUAGCGCUGUGUUGUAUUGUAAGUGUUGGACUGGGCAAAAAGAAAACCCAGUAAGAGGAGGAGGAGAAAGAGGAGUUGUGUACGCAUGUGUGUGGAGGAAGUGGAGGAGGAGGAGGAGUCUGUGUACGCGUGUGUGCGGAGUAGGAGGAGCCACAGCCACAUGUGAACGUGUGUGUGCGUGUGCAUCAAGCAUCGGAAGGAAACUGAUGGAUCACCUCAUAAGUGCUGACCGACAGUGCAGACUUUAAAAGGAAGAGUCAGCAUGAAGAGGAAGUGUACGUGUAAGGGUGCCGUGCUGCCUUCAACGCCCUACACCACCUUUGUAGUCAGUCCCUGCAGAGAAGAGAAAGUUCUUUCCCCACCAGCACGCUUGCUCUUUGUUUUGCAGUGCCCUUCUGUCAGCCAGUCAGUCCUUCUAGCACGGAGUCUGUUCCACCCACAGCAACAGCAUCAGCUAGAGACACAGAAGGUUCCUCGUCCCUCUCACAACAACCUUCCAAGAGUGUUGAAAUGCUUAUUACUACUACAGAGAAAGAGAAAGAGAGAGAGUGUGAAAGUGAGUGAGAGUGAUAGAGUGAGUGAAUAAGUUAUGUUUCACUUUGUUGCCAUUACUCUUUUCUUUAGUGACAAGUUCGGACAUAAAGGCAAAUGUUAUUUUGUUUUUAGGUGAUGGAGAAGGGUUAUCAAACCCCAAUGACUUUUGAAUGACUUUUGCAGAAUAUUUUUUUUCAGAUCCAGAUGAAGAGUGACUAGUGAUUUAUCUCUAGUUAUGUAAUGUUUAGUUUUAUGUUUUGAUUCUUCUUAACUCUUACCCAUAUUGCAGUUUUUGAUGAAUACCUUUCCUCAUCCACUGUCCAUCAAAAGGAGAAUAUUUAUUUGUGUUUCUCUGGGAUGAGCUGAGGGAAGGGGAAAGACUUGUUUGUUGUGUGUCUGACGAGUGUGUGCAGCGUCAGGGUGUACUUGGCAGUGUUCAGGGUCUGUGGUGUUGGGGCAGAGAGGGGGUUGAGAAGAGGAUUAUUAAGGGUAUGUGGUAGAGGUAUGAAAAAUGUAUACAAGCCAAAUCAUGGGUAUUGCCAUUGUUCAGCAUUUAUUUCCUCAUCUCUAUUUCUUUUCCAUUCUAAUGAGGCUUUAAGAAAUUUCAGUCAUAACAUUGAAGUACAAGAUGAUGUGUUGCCACAUGACACUGUUGUUGUUGUUGUUCUCCGCUGUGACUUCCUUCCCUUAAAUUGACGACGUGCACCGUGUCAACUUUGUCCUUGUUUCAGGUACAGCAAGUCUCGGCAAGACUUGCAUCCGUGUGAUAGUUUUUUAUUUUGAUGCUGACUGUAUAGAUUCUGCAGUGCUCAGGUAGUAGACUAGUGGUACUGCCGGGGAAAACGACGAGCCUCCUAGUAAUACUACUACUGUGUUCUGAGUCACGAUAAUGCUUUGUGCUCACCCUAGUUGCCAUAUAACCAAACCAGCAUCCUGGUGGACCUUACAGUAGGGAGAUUAGCCUUUUAUUGAAGACUUUGGUUUCCUGGAGCUUGCCUUCUUAUUGACUGAGUAUACUCAGCUUUGGCUUCCAAGCAGACAGCAGUGGCCUGAAUUUGGUCUCCAAGGAGACCCACUAAAAUUAAGUUCACUUCAGUUUUGCUCAGAAGGUCAGAACUGGCAUUGUUGAGCUUGAACAUGAGAAAGUGAAGUGUGAAGGGUUGGGUUCAUACCUGUACAAUGCAGGAGGGUUGAGUGUGGAGCUGCUUCACCAUGAAGGGUACAGAGGUCAGUGAUGCAAGGAGUGGUGGGCUGUGUCAAGGAGGGAACAGGCCACCAAAGUGAAGAUGUAGCAAAGUUGCAUCACCCAGAAAUAUUUGUCUUCAUCGGUCCAUUGUGCUGCAGAGCUCAUAAAAAAAAAGAGUAUCUAUUUUUAUUAUGUGAAGUGUGGUGGCCCAGAAGUGUUUUGAUUGAAUCUUGUCAUUGUUUUCAUACAGUGUAACAGCUACAUUAUUCAAUGAACUACUGACCUUUUCAUACAUACUGGUUUUAUAUUUAAGAUUUAUUCACUAAAUCAGGCAGGUUCUGUUCUAUUAAUUUCCCUUCACUGACUGAGUUUUGUUGCUUGUAGGUUCAUUUGUGGAAGAAAGUGUCAAGGCAUUUAUCAUAUCAGUCAAUUUUUCAACAAGAUUGCUUCAGUUUGAGAGGGUGGGAGAAUCCUCUGGGGAAAUGACCCUCACUCCAAACACUAGCAAAUACAAGUGGACUGACACUUCUUUCUGCAACAGACCAUUUUAUGUUUCCUGAAAAAAAAGGUUUGAACUGACCUGCAAAAAAGUAGUGUCUGCAUUGUAAUCCUUGUAGACAAUGAGUGUUGCAGACCCAGCUUCUUGUGGCAUAGAAGAAUGGUGGCCAAAAUCACACCUUUAUUGAAUUGAUUAGUUUUCACUUGGUAAUAAGUGAGUUGCCUACAUCUGUUACCACAUGUGCAUUAGUAGCCCAAAAUUGGCCUCUUGGUAAGCUCUGGCCGGCUCCUUUCUCCUGAGGUAAAGUGUCAACCACCUCCACUUAUCGCCACCUUUAAAUCUCUGCCUCAAAUUCACACUUUGUGCGGGUGAAAUUUGUGGUCUAUUCACCCGCCUUCUUGUCUGCCUACCUGUGACUGCUCUGUGAUGCCAUUGUUGUUGAAAGCUAACUGUGGCUAUACUUCUACCUGUCUGUCUGUGUGUACUCUAUAUGGAAAGUUAGAAGUGGCAACAGCAGCUUCUAAUGGUUUGCCAUUCUAAUUAUUAUUAUUACUAUUAUUGUUGUUGUUGGUAACCCUAUGUUUAAUUAGCAGUAUGAUGUAUUUGUAUCUACUAAUGUUCAGGGAAGUUAAUAUGAUAAACACAUUUAGUUGAGGUGUCCUAGCUAUUUUUUGUUUGUCAGGUUGGCAAAAGUGGAUCUCUGAUGUUUUAUUAUUUUAACUUAUUUCUCUUAUACACUAACAUAACCCAUCAUUUUUUUUCCUGGAGCUUCAUUCAUGUCAAUUCCCAGUAACGGAGAGGACUGUACCCUGAACUGUAGUCCCCACCAAUGUGUCCCCUGAGCCUCUAUUUCUUCCUCAUUUUCUCACCAGGGUUGCGUUGACUUCAGUUCAAGCCUCAUUUUACAUAUGUGAUUAACUUCAUGGUUUAGGUCAUCAUUCCCAUCAAACAACAGAAAUACCCUCACCCAAGCAGAGACCACUUCAGCAAUGGGAGUUGACUUAAGAGGACUAAUUGCCUUACAGUGACUACAAAUAUUUUUCCUUUGCUGCUCAAGAAGGGGAAUGAAAAUUGAGCUUAAACGUUUUGUCACAUUUAGUAGGGACAUGUUCAGGGCAGCAGCAGCCACAUCACAACAACACAGCCAACACCAUGCCACUUGACAGGAAUAUACUACACAGAGGCAGUUUAGGAGUGUUUGGGAAUCAGGGUGUUAAGUGUGACAAGGUUCAGAUACCCAAGAGACACUGCUACUGAUGUUUGGAUUUAUUUUAAUGUCUCCAGCUGCAAACUCUAACUGGCCAGCUCACUGAUCUAUGCUAUGUCUUUCUCUCAUGAUUUCUCCUUGGGGGCUGUGUGUGUGUGUGUGUGUGUGUGUGUGUGUGUGUGUGUGUGUGUGUGUGCGUCCGUGUGUGUGCGUCAGUGUGUGUGCGUCCGUGUGUGUGUGUGUGUGUGUGUGUGUGUGUGUGUGUGUGUGUGUGUGUGUGUGUGUGUGUGUGUGUGUGCAUGCUUGUAUGCAUCUAUGCUUGUGUUCCUUUGUGUGCAUACAUACAUCGUGUGUGUGGGCCAAGAGGCAGAUGUUGUGUGGUGUUGUGGUCAAGAGCAGGUAGUUGAGUAGAUCAGUGCAGCAUAAUGCCAAUAUUCACCUUUUCUCACUACCUUAUGGGCAAAGCUUAACUACCUUAGGUUAGGUAUUUUGUAAUCAAAACUAGGAAUGAGGAGCAUAUAUAUAUAUAUAUAUAUAUAUAUAUAUAUAUAUAUAUAUAUAUAUAUAUAGAUAUAUAGAUAUAGAUAUAGAUAUAGAUAUAGAUAGAUAGAUAGAUAGGGAGAGCGGUGAUGAUUCGGACAGUGGGAUGGUCCAGACAUCGCAUUUAUUGUACAACGUGUGGGACUGACUGCCAUGAGAUUUAGGGCCGCUUUCACAGUCAUUUUGUUUGUUUUGAUCGUUACCAAUGGCGCCGAUCGCCGCUAUGGUAUUUCCACCUAAAACUGGCCGAUGGGUAAGUGGUGGCUGCGGGGUUAGCCUAGCCCCGCACCUUAGCACACACUCACAACACUUCUCGCUUCCUCUGCAGCCACCACUACCCCAUAGGCCAGUUUCACGUGGAAAACUAUGGCGUCGAUCACCACCAUUGGUAACGAUCAAAACAAACAAAGUGACUGUGAAAGCGGCCCUUAGUGUCAAUGUGCAAAACUUUGUUGCCUUGGCCCAUACGGGACAGCCAUGCCCUCAGAGCUGUUGUUUUCGAUGCAAGUCCGAUUUUAUGUUUUCUUGCAUCUCAUAUAUAUGAUUUUCAGGGUGUAUUAUAUGCUCUCACUUCAAGAAUAUGGCAAGUAGCCAAAUGUACAUUAUUACAGUGACUCAGUGAUGCACGGCGAAGGUAUUGCCAUAUAACACGAUCACCCAGGUCUCAUGCUGGAAGUAGAGUAUGACCACCCAUUUAUUUUUUUAUAGUCAUGAUGAUUCGGACAGUUGAUUUUUUCAUGAUUAUUAUUAUUUUUAUAUCAAUUUAAAAAAUACAGGUGUUGCAAGUUUUAAAAAGAUUAAUUUGGUUGCUUUAUAUUCUUUAUAUUCAGAUAUUAUCCUUGUGAGAAGAGAAGGAAGCCAUAAUUCCAAAAUUCUUGAGAUAUUUGGUAUAGUAGGUCUUUUUGAUUUAUUUUUUCCUAUAAAUAUUGAGAGAAUAUUUUUGUGCUUAAACAAAUGUCUUGUAGUAGAUCUUUUCUUCUUUAUUAGCCAAUCAAACUUAAGUUAUAUUAAUAUUAUGCCGAGUAAUACGAGUGUCCGUUCCAUCCCACCCCCCUGGCCGAACCAUCACCACGGGUGGAGAUGGUUCGGAUGAUUUAUAAACUUGUGUUUCAUCACCUAUAUCUGUAAACUGGAGAUGGCUACGGGUGUCAUAUCAAGAACUUCAAGAGCCAAAGGAUAAAGGAACAUUUUGAGAUGAGCAAAAUUACAAUACCUCUCACUUUUUUUUCUAAAAAUAUUUUUUUUUAAAAGUGGCUGAAUCAUCACCGCUCUCCCUAUAUAUAUAUAUAUAUAUAUAUAUAUAUAUAUAUAUAUAUAUAUAUAUAUAAAUAUAUAUAUAUAUAUAUAUAUAUAUAUAUAUAUAUAUAUAUAUAUAUAUAUAUAUAUAUAUAUAUAUAUAUUUACAGUAUGCAUACACUAACACAAUGAAUGCAUAUCCACACACUCUUAGACAGGUGUACCCAUACAUAUUAAGAUUACAACACACACACACGCAGUACACAGUGUUAAAUAGAAAUGUACCUUUUGGGGUGAUAAGUGGUAGAGCAGAUUUUGUACGUUGGUUCUAAGAGGGAUUAGCAUGGACUUCUCUACUACUAUUCUUUUGAUUAGAAUGGUGGCCCCCAACCUACCCUAACCUAACUCAACCUUCUCCCUGCUCACACAUACUAAUAUUAGUCUCCUAACAAUGUAAUGGUUCAGUUGGCUUAGCUCCAUUGGCUGAAGGUUGUAUAUCAUGGUUGUCCCCUUCCUCUCACUGUCUACAUGUCUUCCCUUCCUUCACCACCCACUUCAUGUUGAGAAAAGAAAAAUACGCGGAUGGCCGCUCUCAUGUUUUAUACUUUUCUUAACGCUUUUUGCAGACGCUUCAACUGGUGUGACUACAACUACCACUACUACUAGGAAAAUUACCACUAUAACUACUACUACUAACAUUACUUAGCUGUAGGAUCCUUUGCUAUAUAUUUUCACAGACACCGUCACUCACACACAAGCUAAUAUUCGGCUUAAGUUGACUCAGAGGCAAGUUAAAUGACCGAGGCAAGCAAGUAUCCAACCAGCUGAGUUACUCACGACAAUAGAUCAACCAAAGUAAUUACUAGGCAGAAGGCAACUGUUGUAGCACUGUAUUGCCUUUAAUUACUGUAUGUACUAAUAAAUAACUUUUUUUUCCUCCACGUCUUGAGAAAAUGACUUUACUAGUGGAAUAUUCUGGAAGGUGGUCUUUUGUCGCUCUAUGCUUUGUCUGUCUCAUUCUUUCUUUUUCCAUCUCUCAUUCUCCUCAAUACUUUCAUUUUGUGAUGACAUGAGGAGCAACAUUCUACUGAUUGAAUGUUGUCAUACGAGAGAAAUUACACUCGUUUUUUAAGAGUGUCUGAAGAGAGGUACAACAUCUCUCACCUCUUAAAUUCAUUUGCCUCCCUGUCAUGUAUUCAAGUCUCUCAUCUAUCCCUUCCCUUCAUUGUGCUUAACUUGCAUAUCUUCUGUAUGAUCUCCCCUCCUUUUCCUGUUCUCUGAUACGUUUCCCACACUUUCAUCCUGACUCUAUGCCUCUCCCUAUCCCUCCCUCUUCCUCCCUAUGUGGUUUUCCUACUCUCCAUAGAUCCACUUUCACAUAUGUAUCAUUGUAUAGGUCCAGAGUAUUUUAUUACCCUGCUCAGAAUAUAUAUACAACACUAGAGGUGCAAUGAUUUGACAUAUGUUGUAGUUUUGUAAAUACAUUAUAUAACUUAAGUGAUGUUAACAAUAAAAUACGUCGAACAUUGGCUACCGAGUUCCUCCUAUUGGAAAGAUGAAUUGAUAAGCUUCAGCAAUGAGGAAAAUUUGCUGUGAGGGAUUUUUUGCAAUGUACUAUUGGGGAAAAAAAUGGGGGAAAAAAGAUGAAAUGUGAUUUAUUCUUUUAGUUGGAAGUUUUUGUACACUGUGUUGCCCAAAAUUAUGUACAGUAAUAAAGGCUGAUGAAUGUG